CUAGAUCGCUCCCACUAACGGCGCGGACGUUGCACGGAACGCAACUCGGUUGAUUAUGUGUUUGGCCUUUUGAAUCCCGCGAAGUAUCGUGAAAUUGAUUAGAAAGUAAGAACACAGUUUAUAUAUAGCAACAAGCAGGUACAAAGAGGCACCAUGGAGUCUUGUGGGAUGAAUGUUAUCAAGUAUAUUCUCUUCAUCUUCAAUCUAGUCUUCGCAAUUUCUGGCAUAGGCAUCAUCGCGGCCGGUGCAUUAGUGUUAUGCGAUGUUGGCGAAUUCAGUCACUUUCUAGAAGGAAGGAUAAUGGCCCCGCCUAUAGUCCUCAUAGUUGCGGGAUCUAUCGUUUUCAUUAUAGCUUUUCUAGGGUGUUACGGUGCGAUCAAGGAGCAUUACAACAUGUUAAUCGCUUUUGCGGCCGCACUGUUAAUAAUCUUCGUGAUCGAGCUCGCGGUGGGCAUAGCGGCGGCGGUGUUCAAGAACGAUUUCAGCAUGGCGAUGAAAGAUACUCUAAAGGAAUCGAUGAAAAAUUAUACGGAGGCAGACAGACUGGCUUGGGACAAUGUGCAGAAAAAGCUAGAAUGUUGCGGCGUAGACGGACCCGAGGAUUGGACUCCGGCUAAGGGAUUUACGGUUGCCAGCUUCCCGACUUCUUGUUGCGCGGAUAUGCAGGCGAUAUGUCAGAUAGGUAGCACAUCGCUGUACAGGGAGGGGUGCUUCAGCAAGCUGGAAAUGCGAGUCCGGAAAGGCGCGACGAUCUUGAUCGGCGUGGGUAUCGGAAUAGCUUUCGUGGAAAUUGCCGGCAUUGUUCUUGCUUGCUGUCUGGCCACGGCUGUAAAAAGGGAAAGCGAUAAAUGAAACAAAGCGUAUUAAUUCUUUUUUGUUGUUUUCAACUAGAAAAUUUGCUAUGUCAUUAAGAUAAAGAUAAGGUGAAAUUUUGAUCGACUCAUAUUAAAAAUUUUACAUUUAACUAUGAACGAAGAAUCGGAAGAUUAAGAUCAGUAAAUAAUUAUCUAUUUCAUUCGUAAUAUAUUCGCGCAUUGACUUUCCGUCCACGAUGUUCCUCACGCUCGCCUCAUAGUAACAUAGUAAUGAACCUAACUCAGACUUUGAUAACUAUUCGGUAUAUUUAUCACAUAUAUUUUAUAAUAUAACUAUGCUGUGCUUCUGCUUUUACGUAUGUAAGUGACAAAUAUCUGCUCCGAAAAGAACGAGAAAAAUAUUUCCAGAAUAGACAAACAUUAUUUCCACUUUUUUAAAUUUAUAUCAGAAUAAUUGUUUUUAAUUAAAAAAUACAUUGCUGAGGGAAUUAGUUUACAAUUGUAAUAUCACAUACAGCAGACAGCAGAUAUUACCAAGUAAUGUAGAGUAAUUAUGGAUAAAAUAUAUUCGUGUGUUGUUGAUUUAUAAUAUAUUAUAUAUAAAUUUAAUAUCUAUAUUACUAAUAUAUAUAUUUUGCCUAUCAAAGGAUGGAUUAAUUUGCGUGAUUACGAUUGUAUAAAUGUGUGCUUAGUGCAAAUAUAGAUUAUAUGAGCGUACAGUUUUAUGUGUUUAUUAUAUACUUCCUAUAACAAAAACUUUAUUUUCUAUAUAUUAACAAGAUAAUUGUCAU